AUGAGUUCUGAAACAAAAGACUUUGAAUGUCAUUGUACUGACAGUAUUAACCUUGGAACACGAAAACCAAUAGGAAAAAUCAAAGUCGUGAUAUUAUCUCUUCGUCGUAUUAUUACAUUAAGUGAUAAUACUAUUCAGGUACUUAAUAGUGAUAAUUUACAGUUUAUAUCAAAUAUAAAAUUAAAAAAUAUUAUAACAUUUGCUGUUUCAAAUAAAUUCACACAAGGAGCAUCUAUUGAUAUGUGUGUGUCAACAAAACGUAAUAAAUUACAAAUCUAUCGACUUGAUCGAACAAAUAUUAAUUUAAUACAUGAAAUAUCUAUACAAGAUCCAUUGAUAUCAAUUGGAAUGGAUGAAUGUGGUAUUUUAGCAUGUUCAAAAACAACUUAUUUUACUUAUAGACCUACAAUGAAUAAUGAUCGUCGAUCGACGGGUUCGUUACAGACUAUAUUUACGUCACAUGAUCCAAGUAUAAUAGCUUGUUUUACGAAUAUUAAACCGGGUGAAUAUCUUCUUAAUGGUCCUAAUAUUGGUAUUACAACCACUUUAGAAGGUACAAGUCAACGUACUCCAAUGAUGUUUAUUAGUCAACCAAAUGAUUUUAUCUAUUCACAACCAUAUCUACUUGUACUUGUUAAAGAUUAUAUUCAUAUUUAUAGUUAUUUGGAUGAUCAAUUAAAACAAGAAAUACCGUUAAAAAAUUGUCAAACUUUAAUAAAUAUUUCUGAAGAGAAUAGAAACAAUAUUCUAACGAAUACUAGAGAUAGUAUUUAUUUACUUGAAUCCCUUAGCAUAAAAGAACAAAUAGAUCAAUUACUAAAUACAUAUCGAUUACAAGAAGCAUUAACAUUAGCUGAAAAUACUUGUCCAUCUAUUGAAAAACAUUCUACAGAUCUGCUUAUAUUAUCAACUAAAAAACGUAUUGGUCUGAUUGAAUUCAAUGCUAUGAAUGUUAUUCGAGCAUUAUAUUUAUUCGAUGAUAUUAAUUUAGAUUUUCAUGAAAUUAUGUUACAAAUACCAAAUUUUUUACCACUAUACUCUCCUUGGCCAGAUUUAGAUGAAAAUACUAAAAGUCAAUAUAUUCUAUGGUUAAAUGCAUUUUGUGAUUAUAUGACAAAACGAUCAGAAGAAUUUUCUUGUCAAUCAGAUUAUUACCCAUCAUUAUUAAAAGCUUAUUUAAUUAUAAAAUCACGCGAAACAAUUAUAGAAUUUCUUGAAAAAUAUGCAUCAUAUAUUUCAAUCGAUUUUUAUCACUUACUUUUUCAUAUUAAACUUUAUCAUGGUGCAGCAAUACUUUAUUCUGCACAUGAUAAACAUGAACAAACAAUUGAUAUUUGGAAAAAAAUUGUAUUGAAUGAGUAUUCUAAUGAUGAUACAUUUCCUGGUAUUUGGAUUAUUGCUCAAUAUAUUCUUGAAAGAAAUCUUGAUCGAUCAUUCGAAUUUUCUGUUGCAAAAUGGCUAUUAGAACAAAAUGAAGAAGAACUUGCAAUAAAAAUAUUUAUUACUAAAUAUCAAAAUGAAUCAAAUCAUGAUCCAUUUAAUUCAAAUAAAGUUACUAAUUUAUUAAAAUCAUAUCCAAUAGCAUUAAGAAAUUAUCUUGAAGAGGCUGUAUUUAAAUUAAUGAUUGAAACUGAUGAAAUUCAUACAAUGUUAGUGAAUAUUUAUCUCGAUGAAGUUUUGUCCGAAACUUCUGAUGAUAAUGAACAAACUCGAAUUAAAUUACAAAAGUUUCUUGUUAAAUCAAAUUCCUAUCGCAUUCAAGCCGUUCUUAAUCGAAUCAAUCAAACAAAACAAUUUAAACGUGAACUUGCUCUUCUUUAUGGCAAACUGAAUGAUUUUGAACAAGCAUUUCAAAUACUUGUUAAUGAACUUGAAGAUUAUCAAUAUGCCGAAAAUUAUUGUGUUGCUUUAUCACAUGAUAAGUCAAAUGAUGAUCGAAAAAUUGUUGCUCAUGCUUUAUUCAAUGUAUUUCUUGCUUCAUUAGACAAACAUCCAAAUGAAAUAACCGAAGCAGUUCAUCAUCUCCUUUGUAAUAAUGAAAUUGAAUUUGAUUUUAUUGAAAUUCUAAAACGUUUGCCAUCUCAAUGGUCCAUUUUAUCAUUAAAAGACAUUCUUUUACGUGCUAUGCGUACAUAUUCUUAUAUAGAACGUUCAACAAAACUCAAAAUAGCUUUAAAUCGUAUACAAAAUGAAAAGCUAAAUAUAAAGUUAACGAAACUGAAAUGCUCAAAUGUAAUUAUAAAUGAAUAUCGACGAUGUAAACAUUGUUUACAACAAUUUUAUGAAACAUCAUGUAUUGUUUAUCAAGACGGUAGUCAAGUUCAUGUUCAUUGUGCAAAGCAGUUGAAUUGA